GGGAAGGGGUAACUAGGGUUUAAGCUCUGGUUCGUAUCUCCUCCACGUUCUCUCAAUCUUCUUUCCAUCUUGAGGGGGGUAACUAGGGUUUCUAGUCUUCUUCCCAAUCGAACAACAACGAUGUCUCUGUAUCGCAUCCUUUUGCGAUCUCUCCGAAGAUCGUCGUCUCUCUCCGAAAGCAACACCGCCGCCGCAACGCAAACCUUAGCUCUUAGCCAGAACGACCACAUCGAUCGCAGCUGCCAGCCCCGAAACCCUAGCUUCGUGAUCCCUGUGCGAACGUUCGCGUUCUCCUCCGCCGAGGAAGCCGCUGCCGAGCGCCGUCGCAGGAAGCGGCGCCUCCGUAUCGAGCCACCGCUGCACGCCCUCCGCAGGGAUCCCAACGCACCGAGGCCGCCGCCGGACCCCAACGCUCCCAGGCUUCCUGACUCGACCUCCGCCCUGGUUGGCCCCCGCCUUAAUCUCCAUAAUCGCGUGCAGUCCCUCAUCCGAGCCGGCGACCUCGACAACGCCUCUAUCGUCGCCCGUCAGGCCGUGUUCUCCAACACUCGCCCCACCGUGUUUACCUGCAAUGCCAUCAUCGCCGCUAUGUACCGGGCCAAGCGAUUUGAUGACGCCGUUGCGCUCUUCCAGUUCUUCUUCAACCAGUCCAACAUCGUUCCCAACGUCGUAUCGUACAAUUUCCUUAUCAACACCCACUGCGAUGCUGGCAGGGUUGAUGUUGCUCUCGAUGCGUACCGUCAAAUUCUCGAAAACGCCCCCUUUAGCCCUUCCCACGUGACCUAUCGGCAUCUUACAAAAGGGUUGAUUGAUGCAGGCCGGAUUGGUGAAGCCGUUGAUUUCCUUCGUGAAAUGCUGAAUAAAGGCCACGGUGCGGAUUCACUUGUUUACAAUAAUUUGAUUGCUGGGUUUCUUAAUCUUGGAAAUUUGGAAAGAGCCAAUGAGUUUUUUGAUGAACUUAAAGAGCGAUGCCUGGUGUAUGACGGGGUUGUGAAUGCAACAUUUAUGGACUGGUUCUUCAAUCAAGGGAGGGAUAAAGAAGCAAUGGAAUCUUAUAAGUCAUUGUUGGAUCGACAAUUCAAGAUGGUUCCAGCGACCUGCAAUGUCCUUUUGGAGGUUUUGCUUAAGCACGGGAAGAAAACAGAGGCUUGGGCACUGUUUGAUAACAUGUUGGAUACGCACACUCCACCAACCUUCCAAGGGGUGAAUUCAGAUACUUUUAACAUAAUGGUUAAUGAGACUUUCAAGUUAGGGAAGAUUUCUGAAGCAAUUGAUGUGUUUAGGAAAGCAGGUAAGAAGCCAGGGUCGAAGCCGUUUAACAUGGAUGUUGCUGGCUACAAUAACAUGAUUGCAAGGUACUGCGAGCUUGAGAUGAUGGAGGAUGCAGAGAAAAUGUAUGUGGAAUUGUUGUCCAAGUCUCUAAACUUGGAUGUGACAACUUACAGGACCUUAAUUGAUGCUUAUUUUAAGGUGGGGAGAGUUGAAGAUGCUCUGCAGAAGUUUUCAAAGAUGGUGGAAGCUGGCUUGAGAGUGAUUCCGGAAUAUGCUAACAGAUGGUUCAGUACAUUGAUUGAGAAUGGUAAGGUUAUUGAGUGUACACCGGUUCUGACCAAAAUGGCUGAAAGAGAUCCAAAACCAGAUGCUACGACCUAUGAGAUUGUGAUUAAGGGGCUUUGCAAGGAAAGUAAUUUUGAUGCAAGUCUUGAUUUGGUGGGUCAGAUGUUGAGGUACGGUGUUGGCAUUACACCUGCCCUAAGGGAAUUUUUAAAUGAGGCAUUUGGGAAGGUAGGUCGAGGUGAGGAGAUUGAAAGACUUAUAGCAAUGAGAGUACCUCAUUAUCCUGGGUAUCGGCGGCCGUCAGGAGCUCCUCAGAUGCCAGGACCAGUAGCAGCUUGAUUUUGUGAUAUAAUAUCACCAUCAUUGAAAAUGCCCUCUUAUGAUUCUAAUAUUUGAUUUGGGUAACAGAAAUUCUUGAAAUGUUAUGUUGUCUCAUUACCUACAAGUUUGAGGAGUGUAAUUUCACGUCAGCUUUGAUCACGAGCUAGUUCUUUGGUAGGUUGUCAGUUAUAGAAGUCUAUGGGCUACUAAGGCUUUUGCAUUAGUUAUUGACUAGUCUCAUUUGGUGGCUUAAUUAUUUUUGGUGGAACCUCUCCAUAUUUAAUGAAAGUUUUCUAAUGAAGCAUUUUUGUUGUUUAUUGUA